CGCGGGUGGCUGGGCGGCGGAGACCAAGGAGGAGGAGCCGGAGGAGGAAGUCAGCGGCCCGGUGGGCGCAACCCGGCGAUGGUGCUGCCGCUGCGGCUGUUCGGGUGUGCGCGCCGGACGAUCCUGGGGUCCGCGGAGGCUGCGCUCUGGGGUUUGAAGUCAAUAAAAGGAAGCUGCCACAAUUUUUGUACUGCUAUUUUUAAAGAUGUCACUUAUAAGGAACUUAAGAACCUCUUGAAUUCCAAAAAAAUUAUGUUAAUUGAUGUUAGAGAGACAUGGGAAAUUGUCGAGUAUGGAAAAAUUCCUGGGUCUGUCAAUAUACCACUGCAUGAGGUAGGUGAAGCUCUACAGAUGAACCCAAAAGACUUCAAAGAGAAGUACAAUGAAGUAAAACCAUCCAAAUCUGACAGUCUAGUGUUUUCUUGUUUAGCCGGAGUGAGAAGCAAGAAGGCUUUGGACAUGGCCAUAUCUCUGGGCUUUAACAGUGCUCAACACUAUGCUGGAGGAUGGAAGGAAUGGGUAACCUGUGAAUUUUCAGAGAAGAAACACGGAAAUUGAAUUCUGGAAUACAAGUUGGCCCGUCCCUUGUGUACGUGCAGCCUAGGAUAGUGAAAUGAACAAAAGAGUAAUAAUCUAGCCCUGGCAUCACUGGUUAAUGGAAAGGGGAUUUUGUGUAAUUCGAUUAUUUGUUGGAUCUUUUCCUUAACUGCAAGUUGAGAAUACUACGCACCCUUGCCUAUUCCCAAAGGCUAUGGAGGAUUGAAAUAAUGUAUGUGACUUGCCAUGGAAAUAUAAGGGUUGGGAUUCUAGAAAUUAAUUUUUAAAUAGUUUAGUAUAGUACAAUAGUAUUCCCAAGCCCAGGUUACUUGUAGUACCCAAUCAUAACAUAUAACCAUUUGUGUUAGCCUAGCUUCUAUUCAUUAAAGAGGCUAUGAGCUAGACAAGUUUUUUUUUUUUUUUUUUAAAGAUUUUAUUUUUAUUUAUUUGAGA